AUGAGGUUAACAGCACUGUGCGUAUGUGGGACCCUGCUGGCUUUCUUGAGCCUCUCUUGGACCACAGCGGACUCUGAUGAAGGAGACCUCCUGGGGGAUAAUGGAUUUGGGCCUUGCGCUGCAACUCUGAGACCUGAGGGGCUGUGCAGACAGGGGCAGGAUGAGAGCAUGUGCCCCUACCUAUUCAGUCUGCCGCCACUGACUGUCCAUUUGCCAAAGCAGCUCAGAGAGCUGGAGAAGAUCGUAAAGGAUCUGCAGAAGCUGAAGGACAAUGUGGAUCAACUGAGGAAGAUGUGUGCAGAUUGUACAGUAAGCCAAACUGAGAGAGAGUGUGGGAGGCAAAGAGAAAGAGAGCAUGAAAAGCUGAAUGAGGGUACGGAUAGAUAUGAGGAUGAGAGGGACUUGCUGAAUGUGAAAUAUGCUGAGAGACUAAAAGAUUUUAGCCAGGAGUGUGGGACAGACAGGGUUAAAGCAGAAAAUACUAUGGAAGGAGAUGGUGACACUGAGUCUGAAAAAAGAACAAGUUUGGAAGAGAAAGGGAGAAAGAAAUGGGAAGCAGAAAGGGAGAGCGAUAAAGGGGUCGUAAAAGAAAAUGAGAAUGAAGAAACCGAAAGAGAAGUGGCAGGAAAAGAUGGAAAAACUCAGACAGAGGGGGCAAAAGGAAAGAACAAAUUUGGACAGGAAAAGGUGCCAACUGCUGGUGAAAAUGACAAAAUAAUAGAUAUGGACAGAAAAAAGGUUGUUGAAAAAAAUAACAGAGAGAGAGAGACUGAUAGAAAUAAGGAAAAAGAUGGAAAAGGGAAUUCAAAGGGAGAUCGAGGUGAUAAGUUAGAGAAUGGAAAAGGGAGGAAGAUUACAACUAAUACAAAAAAUAAGGAGAAAACAGUAGAAAGCGACCGUCCCGUAUGGCGAGAUGAAACAAAGGAAACAGAGAAAAAGACCCGAACUGAAGAAGACAGGGCCAGUGAUGGAAUAAAGAUGUCUGAGGACCAUGAUGAGCAUACAAAUAAGGAGCAAGAGCAGCACGGGGAGGAGAGGAAAGAGGAAAUGGAAAAGGGAAUAAAAGUGGAGCUAAAUAAUGAGAAACCAAAACAGACUGAAAGAACCGGGCGCACAGAAAAAGAGAAGACUAUAAAAGAGGGGGAGGUGGAGGACAGGGAGACAGGAAAGGAGAUCAAAACAGAAGGAGAAAAAAUGGUCCAGAGUGUGCAGCGAGACAGUGAUGGAGAAUUAGCAUCCAGCAAAGCAACUGAGAGAACAGACUUUGUUUCAAUCAGCCAGACUCCACACUCUACCAUUAGUUCAGCUCCGAGGCAUGACUCCAUGGACUCAAACGAAGCUAUAACCCUUACGUCAUCUCUUCCACCUCCUCCUUUAUCCAGCUCCACUUCACAUUUGAACACAGUUGUCAAUCAAGGGAUGGCAAUAAAUGCUGACGGACUACCAACCCAAAGCACAGGCCUUUCUGAGCACUCAAGCCCUGAGGCGGAAGCAGGCUUUAGGACCACAAGUAGGCCAACAACAAUAGCUACAGUAAGCACACUGGGUGGGCCAGGACAGCAGAUAACCAGUGGUGCUAUUGGGUCCACCUCUCCAACAAGACCUGGGGCAGGCUUCCAGGGUAGAGGUAGCUCAACUACGGCAACGACAACCACCACAACUCCUCAUCUGAAUUUAUACACAACUACAUUUCCAGGAGUUGCAAACCGCAGCCGUUGGACAGCUAAAAAGAACAUCAGCUCAAGCACUAAGACUGGCGUAAAAAAACCUCUACCAGGCCGAGAACCAAAGCCAGGUGAAAAGCAUAAACCUGAAAUUAAGCCUGAAGCAGGCCAAAAGCUUAAGAAUCCUAAGAAUGACCGCAAACCUGAUCGAGCUUCUUUGCCUGACAUAAAAACAAAACAAGACCAAAAGCAGAAGCCUUCCCCCCAAACACCUACAACUGACCAGAAAUCUAAACCUGGCAAAGACCCGAAACGAGUCCAAAAUCCAAAACCUGAUCAAAGAUCUCCACCUGACAAUUUACCAACUGAUCAAACUCUUGAAAACACUAAAAUACCUAAACGUGAUCAAGAACGUAGAACUGAUGAAAACCAGUUACCUAUUCAAAAGCCAAGAUCUCAUGAAAAGCCUGUGCUUCCAGUCCAGAGACCUACAUCUCAACAACGACCUCAAACUGUAAACACCACUGGUUCUGGCAAAGAGACAGAGAAAGAGCCUGAAUCUGCUGGAAAGCCAAAUAUUAAUCAAAACCCAAAACCUGAGAAAAAGCCGGUUAAUCCCCUGAAAACCGACAAGCCUGACCAAAAGCAAAAACCUCACAAAAAGCCAAAAAAUGAGGAAAACACUAAACCUGAUCAGUAUUUCACAACUGUUCAAGAGCCUGAACCUGAACGAAGUGAAACAACUAGUCUUACGCCAAAACCACCAAACGAAAUGCCUGUGACAGAAUUACAAGAAAAUUCAGAUAGAAAUCUUUUGCCGGUGCCUAAAACCGCCCAAGACUCAACACCUGGACAAAGGCUUACACCUGAUCGUGCCCCGAUCAAACCUCCUGAUCUAAAGCCAAACCAGAAAAUACCCAAAAUAAACCAAAAGCCUAAACCCGGCCAAGCACCUAAACCAAACCAAAAACAUCCAGAGCUCACAACAAGCCCAAAAACUAAACCAAAUGUAAAGCCUAAACCUGAACAAACACCAAGAACCAAUCAAGGGUUUAAAACACCUCGGCCUGAGCAAAUACCUAAUCUUAACCCCAAAUCUGUGCCGGAUGAAAUCCCUGAAGCAGAAUCUAACAAAACAUCCAGAUCGAAGCCUCCCCCCAGACACAGGCCACCAACCAGACCGACAGUCAAGCCAGGAGCAACACCUGUUCAAAUGCCAAAACCACCACUGCAACUAAAGCCAAGUCCAAAGGCCAAAACAGAUUUAGAUCCUCCUCAGAUCAGCAGGACUACGUCAGACGAUAUCCAGAAGUCUCAAACUGACAUGCCACCUGCGUCUGGUCCUGUAAAACCGAUUUCUGAUGUGACUCAGUCUCCCGAGCACACGGAGGUAAGUCCCAGUAAGAUGAAAACUAUCACUCUGGGUCCAAAGACCUCCAGCAGCCAGGAGACUGGGCCCUUCCCUCGCCUUCAUACUCUCUCUGAAGGCUUCACGACGAGCCCACACAGCAGGGUUACGUCUGAUCUGAGGCCACAAACAGCUGGUCAACCACCAUCGAUCCCAAUGACAACAACACCAAACAAAAUCAUGCGUGGGAUUCUCCCGAGUGUUAUCCCUAGCACCAGUCCAGGAUCCACAAAGCCAAAACAAGCUUCUAAUACUGACUCCAGGUUACAAGCUAAGAUACUUCACAAUGUGGAGGAAGCAGCACCAAAAGAAACUCCAAAACCAGAUGACAUGAUGUUUCCAGUCCCUUCCCCCACUGCCCAAACUACCUCCACAACCAGCCCUGAACUCAGGUCAACAGGCCCUGCCACCUCUGGCCCCGGGCCCCUGGACGCAGAAGCCUCCACUCCCAGUGCACGUGAGCUACGGGUGAAAAUCAACCAGGUGGCUGCCUUCUUCAAUAACAGCCUGAGUCCAAAUGGAAGUCCACUGGACAGGCGUCCCAAAGAGCACCCAGAGGACAAGCAUGGAGGCAGCAGGCCUGACAAGACAAACACACUGCCAACACAGAUACCACCUAAAGGCAAGAGAUAUUACUUUUAA